AUGGGUGUCCAACUCCCAGAAGGGGAAGGCAACAUUCACCCCAAUUCAGGAAACUGCCCACCGAGGCAAGCUGACAACCCUUCCACAGUCACUAUGGACAAUCACCCUACACCACUCAAAAUCCCUGAAUACAAAGCCAUGCUUCCAUAUCCUCAUAAACUCCAUAAGGCAGAAAAGGAUGAGCAAUUUGCCAGGUUUCGGGAUAUCCUCAGGACACUUGAAAUCAAAAUCCUAUUUGCCGAGACUCUUGAACAAAUACCUUCCUACACCAAGUUCAUGAAGGACAUCAUGAGCCACAAAAGGGAUUGGAAAGAAGCAGAGAUAGUUUUUCUCAUCAAAGAAUGUAGUGCAGUCAUCCAAAAGAACCUACCAGAGAAACUACAGGACCCUGGGAGUUUUAUGAUACCAUGCAUCCUUGAAAACACUUGCAUAAGGACAGCCCUAUGUAAUCUUAGAGCAAGUAUUAACCUCAUGCCAUUGUCAUUAAUGAACAAGCUCCAGAUCCAAAAACCCAAACCUACCCGCAUCUGCCUUCAGCUUGCUGAUGGCUCCAUCAAGAUCCCAUCAGGGGUGGUUGAGGAUCUGAUUGUCAAGGUUGGACCCUUUGCAUUUUCCAUGAACUUUGUGACCUUAGAUAUGGAAGAGAACAGGAAUGCUUCCAUCAUAUAA